GCACUGCCCCGAACUGCACAGUGCAGUCAGAGGGUCUGUCUGUCUGUCGGGAAUCUGCAGUAACUACCUCCCGCCCAUAGGGGCACUGCAGCACAAUCACUCUGCUUGUGCACGCGGAAGGCCUAGAGCGCGCCAUUGAAGAGAACUCCAACGUGAUUAUUUCAAUUUCGCUGUCGGACUGCGACUGAAAUGUUUUGCUGAAAAAAAAGGUUUUUAGACAACUAAGCGUUAAACCGACAAGGAGGAUGGCGUACAGAGGACAAGGGCAGAAGGUCCAGAAGGUUAUGGUGCAGCCAAUCAACCUUAUUUUCAGGUAUCUACAGAACCGUUCUCGGAUACAGGUGUGGCUGUAUGAACAAGUGAACAUGCGGAUAGAGGGCUGCAUCAUCGGCUUUGACGAGUACAUGAACCUGGUUCUGGAUGAUGCUGAGGAGGUCCACAUGAAGACCAAGAACAGGAAGCCCCUGGGGAGGAUCAUGCUGAAAGGUGAUAACAUCACCUUGCUACAGAGUGUUGCCACUUAACUCAACAGGACAACCUCCAUCUACAGCCAGCAGACAGAUUUGUGGAUGUUUUUCCCCAUUCUAUUUUGUAAUGUUUUUCUUUUUUUUUUGCAAACAAUGUUGAAGCUUGAUAGUGUUUGGUACAUGAAUAAUGUAAUUUUCCAUUUAUUAAUGUUUCCUCUGAAAUAAAUUGAGUUUUGUUUCUUA